AUGUGUACAUUCUGUUUCGUUACAAUUUCCAGUUCUGAAGAUGUUGUUAGGAAUACUUUGACUGAUUUAAUUUCAGAAAGUGAAUAUGAAGAAUAUUAUGGAAUCUUCAAAAAAAAUAUUUCCAAGUUCAAAUUUCUUGAUGGCCAUAAAAAACAGCUGACUGCGGCAAUAGAGUACAGUAGAACCUCAGUAAUCCGGACUAAUUGGGGCUCUAGGUUGUCCGAAUUAAUGGAAGUCCGGAUUAAACAAAAUAACCAAAAAUCGUAA